AUGCCUGCUCCUCCACCACCUCCGCCGCCUCCACCUCCUCCUCCCCCCCCGAGCAUGGGAGGACCUCCACCUCCGCCGCCUCUCCCUGGAGGUUCACUGCCUUCUGCACCGCCCAAGUCAGUUGCGAAAGGACGGGACGCUUUGUUAUCAGACAUCACAAAAGGCGCUCGGUUGAAGAAGGCUGUCACCAAUGAUCGCUCGGCGCCUCUGGUCGGCAAGGCCUCUGGGGGUGGAGGAGGGCCAAUAGCAGGAGCACCGCCGGUCCCUGGAGGAAUAAAGGCACCCAGUGGUCUCGCCCCUCCAGUCCCGAGUGGUGGGAACCGAGCCCGGAGUCACAGCGAUGCCGGCGGCGAUGCCAGCCUCGAUGGACCACCGCAGUUGGCAGGAUUGUUCGCUGGAGGAAUGCCGAAGUUGAGGAAGACGCGAGGAGGAAUCGACACCGGAGCCGGGUUAGACGGCGCUCAUUCAGACUCGGAAACAUCUGCACCAGUCGCCCCUCGACCUUCCUUGUCAACGGCGCCCCGUCCGCCGUCAAUGCCUGCUCCUCCUGUGCCAGGUUUCAGACCUCCUCUACCGCAGUCAACGGACUCUGCGCCGGCAAUUCCAAGUCCAUUGGCCCAUCUCAAAAAGCCUCCUCCUAAACCAUUGUCGAAGCCUUCGUCUGUAGCCAAUCUAGUCGCAGGAAAGCCACCACCACCUCCCCCUGCUGCACGAAAAGUCAGUGCUGCUGCUCCUCCUCCUCCGGCUCCGCCACCGCCUCCGCCAUCGUCCUUGGGUUCCGUCCCUCUCGCACCACCACCUCCUCCGCCGCCCUCAAUAAGUCCAGCUCCUCCAGCGCCUCCGCCACCGCCGCCACCACCCCCGACAGCAAGCCCUGCACCGCCACCACCACCGGCAGCAAGUCCAGCUCCUCCCGCUCCCCCUCCGCCGCCUCCGCCGCCUCCAAGCUCUGCACCUUCAUUAGCACCACCACCUCCGCCCUUACCGCCUUCUACUUCUCCAGGACCGCCGUCGAGGUUAACGCCCCCUCCACCACCAGGUCCGCCUCCACCACCUGCUCAACCACCAGCAACAAAUGGUGCAGGCUCCACCCUCACCAUCGUCUCCCGUUUCUCCACCUGCUUCGCGUCGAGUAUCACAAAUGCCGUCUCGACCCGCACUAGAUGCAAGUUCAUACACGCUGACGAACGGGAGCCUGUUUGGAACUUCGAGCGGAUCGGGUUCAUUUAG